UAAUCGAUAUUAAACUUUUUGUCCCGGCGUUGCGCGUAGCGCUUCACGUGGCGCUCCUGCAGUUAACAAUAGAUAAACGCUAUUUGUAAAUAACAUCUUCUCAUCAAUCUUGUUUAUAACCUAUACGUUUAUAACAAGGAGGAUUCUUCCAUUUGCAUUUGCAUCUUGUGGUUUGUAUAACCAGGGAAUAAGGAAAGUACCUUUGUACUUUGCAGUAUUUCCAUAAUCAGUACCACAUAUAUUGAAUAUACAUAUAUUAUAUAAUAAAGAUUAGUUUUUAAAACGAAGUCUCGACAUGAUGCAAGAACAAGAAUUUGAAAAAUUUAACAGAAAUUCUAAUAACAAACAUUCCGUUUGGUUUUACUUUUUACGUGGCAAAAAGAACAAAAAUGAAUGCAAGUGUACAACAUGUGGCAAAAUAAUCCAUUGUGCGGGAGGAAGCACUAGUGGUAUGCACACGCAUCUGAAGGCAAUUCAUAAUAUAAGUUUGCUAAAAAGAUCGUUAAAUGAGAGUUCGGCUUCGACAUCGUGUAGUUCCAGCACUUCCAGCAGUUCUGAUACGGUAUCCAAAAAAGUUAUCAAAAGUGGAUCGAUUACUCAAUAUUUUCCAACAGACAAUUGUUUACCUGCAGUAUUGGCACGUUUAACUAGCCGAGAUGGAUUGUCCUUUCGAAUAAUAUGUACAUCUUUAGAUAUAAGACUAGGAUUAACAGCUAGAGGAUUUUCCGAUAUUCCUAAAUCAGUAAGCGGUGUUUCAAAUAUUGUUAAAAAUUUUAGUAAUCAAGUUAGAGAACAGCUUAAAAUAGAAAUUAAGAAAUUAAAAUUAGAUGGUCAAAAAUUUAGUUUGACUUUCGAUGAAUGGACUUCGAUUAAAAAUAGAAGAUAUUUAAACUUAAAUGUACAUGCAACAGAUAAAAUGUUUUGGAAUCUUGGCUUAUGUCGUGUGAAUGGGACGAUGCCAGCUGAAAAAUGCGUGAAUAUUAUUGAUGCUAAAUUAAACAUUUAUAAUAUAUCUUUGGAUUAUGAUAUUGUUGCCAUUACAACUGAUGGCGCAUCUGUAAUGAAGAAAGUAGGAAAAAUAGUUAAUACUGAUCAACAAAUUUGUUUGGUGCAUGGUAUUCAACUAGCUAUUUUAGAGGUAUUAUAUAAUAGACAAGUAAAACAGAGAUAUGUUGACGAAAUAGAGAAAGAGAGUGAACGCGAAGUGUCAGAUGUAAACGUUAUUGAUGAAAAUGAUGAAGUUGAUUCUGAAAACGAUGAAGAUUUAGGUGCCGUUCGGGUCUUGUAA